AUACAAUAAUUCCUAAAUAUUUAAAAUACGUGCGAGCGAUGUGGCAUCCCGCAUCGGCCAGCACUGCUCAACACUGACGAUUGAAAACCUCAAACAAAGUGGGCCGUGUGCAACACUGGCGGCAAAACAAUAUUCGCAAAUCCGCAACUCAACUCGCAAAAAGGAGGAGUUUCGCACAAAACAGGCAAUGGAUCUCGACUGGCAGAACAGCCUCACCGAGCUGAAGGACCGCGGCCAGUACUUGCUGCACUCGGAGAAAUGGGCCGACUGCCGAUUCUUGGUGGGAUCGGGCUCCUCGCCGAGCCAGCGGCUCAUCGCGGGCCACAAGCUGCUCCUGGCCAUGGCCUCGCCCGUGUUCGAGCGGAUGUUCUACGGUAAUCUGCCGGACAAGACGGAUCCGAUCGUCAUACCGGACGUCCAGCCGGAGGCCUUCGAGGCGAUGCUGGAGUACAUCUACACGGACCGCAUCACCAUCGGAUCGUUCGACAAGGCCUGCGAGCUGUGCUACGUGGCCAAGAAGUACAUGCUGCCCCACGUGGUCACCCGCUGCACCCACUUCCUGUGGGCGGACCUCAGCCCGAAGAACGCCUGUCGGGCGUACGAGUUCGCCAAGCUCUUCGACGAGCCCCGGCUCAUGCAGAGCAGCAUGGACCUGAUCGCGGCCAACACGCGCGAGGUGCUGUCCGAUCCCAGCUUCCUGGACAUCGAGGUCUCCACCCUGAUGGCCAUUCUCGAUCAGAACCGGCUGAACAUCGACUCCGAACUGGAUCUGUUCAAUUGCCUGCUGAAGUUCGCCAGCGAGCGGGGCAUCCUCAACGAAUCCGGCCAGGACGAGGGCGCCGGUGGGGGACAGGUCCUGACCAAGGAGUCGCCCGACAACACCGGCGGUCAUGUGCUGGUGGAGGAGAUCAAGAUGGAGCCCGAUGUGGCGGCCAUGGUGCAGCACAUGCACCAGGACGACGAGGGCGACAGCUUUGAAACGGACGCCGGCAUGUCCUCCACUUCCUCCUCGGCGGCUGCAGCUGCUGCUGCCGCUGUAGCUGCUGCUGCUGCCGCUGCUGCUGCUGCUGCUUCCGCUUCUACCGCCGGUUCCCCACCGCUGGAUGUGGCCUCCGGCUCCGACGACCUUGUGAUCAUCGACAGCGACGCCUCCGCCGAUGCCGCCGCCAACAUGAUCAACAUCAUGGACGCCCAGCGCACCAUUCUCGACGGCGCCAUGCUCCGGCAGGCGGUCAAGAAGAUCCGCUUCCUCACCAUGACGCCGCAGCAGUUCGCCGAGGGUCCGGCCCGUUCCAAGCUGCUGCAGCAGCACGAGGCCCUGUCCAUCCUCAUCAAGAUCUCCAGUCCCACGCUCAACGACUGCCACAUGCCCGAGGGCUUCUGUGUGUCGCGCAGCACGCGCAACUUCUACGAGUCGGGUCACCGUCAUGGCCAGCGGGAGCAGUCCACCUCGUACCGCACCGGGGCAGCUCCAUCGGGCGGCCUCUGCUUCCCGGGACCUGGGCCGGCCGUGCGCCCCGGCUGCGGCGGUCUGAUGAUGGGCAAUGCACCGCGUUUCGGAUCGAUCAGCGCGGGAUUCGGGUUCGCGGGCGAGGAGCUGGUCAUGCGAGCCCCAGAGCCAGUGGGCGUGCCGUCCGAUGCCGCGCCAGCGCCGGCCACACUGCGCUGUUUCGGCGAGGGCUACGAGGGCGGAGCAGGCGUGGCGGCGCCCGCCAACGAGGACGACGGCGGUGGCGAACGGGCAGGACCGGGACCAGCGCCCGCGGGCGGAGCAGCAAGCGGUGGGGCUGGAUCCGGAUCCGGAUCCGCUGCUGGCAACUCGCACAACGACAUGGUGCGCGCCUACUGCAUGCGCUCGCUGACCCGCCAGUUCGAUUUCCGCAACACCAGCGUCACGGAUGCGGGCGUUACCUUUCAGGUGGACACCAACAUCUGGAUACUGGGCGUGCAGGUGCCAACGCGCGUGCUGUGCGGCGAACUGAUGACCUCCGCCGGCUUCACGGAGCGGUACACCGAGGUGCUGUACGCCCACAUCCAGGACAUGCACGGCUCACGGAUCACGUACACCCACUGCACGGCGCGAGUGCGCUACGACUCGCUGCUGGACAUCACGUUCGACCGACCCGUGUACAUCUAUCGCAACCAGAUCUACAAGAUCUACGUGGUGUUCAACAAGACCGGCUGGUAUCCCAUGUACUCCUGUGUGCCCGACGCCAACUGCCAUCGCGUCAAGUUCAUGUUCAACGUGGGCAAUCCCACGGAAUCCGUUCGCGAUGGCCUCAUCUACGCCAAUUUCUCCACGCCGCAGGACCAUGGCCGCCACCUGGUCGACUGAAUCCGGCGCAAUGAUAAGUUUAGCUAAUUUUUGUAUUUUCGAUGUGAUAGGCCUGGCAUCUUUGGCAAUUUUGGCAACUUUGGCACCUUUGGCCAUCGAAAUGAAUUGAUCUGUACGCCGAAUUCGUUCCCAUUUAAUAUUUACAAACUGGGAACUAAUUCUGCAUUGUUUUAUACAUCGCAUGGCUUUGUCUUUAUGGAUUGCUUGUGUUCCUUAUCUGAAUUGGCAUAAAACAUUGUAUCAUUUCAAAAUACAUAUGUUUAGAUAUUUUUUUGUACGAGUGUAUUGCCAAAAUCACUUAGUUUCGAUAAGCUGUAGCCAAAUUUGCAUUUAUUUUUCCGCAUGCUUCAUUUCAGCUGCCGAAUGAUAAUGAUUUUGUAAAGAGUAAUUUUGACAAACUUCACUUGAAUUAUUUCUUCCAAGCAUAUAUUUUUGUAACUUAGGGCUUUGUAGAUCAACAAGCCGCCAAUACUUUAAGAUUUACACAAAACGAAAUUGGUAGUUUCCAAAUAAUUAAAACAUAUUUAAAAGGUUUAUUAACACCAUAAA